UUCAACAUGGCAGCGAACAGUGGUAGCAGCACGGGGAAUAAAAGCGGCGGAGGGAAGCAGUCUGGCCCAACGCCCGAACAGGUGGUGGCUACGUUUCAGAGGAUGCGACAGGAGCAGCGUAGCAUGGCCUCUAAGUUGGCCGAGUUACAAAUGGAGAUUAGUGAACACAGUCUGGUCAUCGACACACUCCAAGAAGUCGACCCCUCACGGAAGUGCUAUCGGAUGGUCGGGGGGGUGCUAGUGGAGAGGACGGUUAAAGAGGUCCUGCCUGCUUUGGAAAACAACAAAGAGCAGAUCUCAAAGGUAGUAGAGUCUUUAAACAGUCAGAUGGUGUCAAAAGGUCAAGAACUGACCGAGUACAGAGAGCGCUACAACAUUCGGCUGGUGGGAGAAGACGACUCACAGGGCAAAUCGGGCGGCAGUCAACCCAGCAAAGACAGCGACGGCAGCGGGUCGAAAAGUGGAGCGGGGGUCCUCGUCUCCUAGCCGAUCCAUACGGAUGUUUCCUCAUAGUAAUCGUGGCGAAGACGCCUUUGAAUAGUGUUUGUGCAAGGUUUUUACAAGGCAUAAAAUUGUGAAGCCGGCAUGAUGUCUUUAAAAAAGAAAAGCGCACGCAUCAGUUUAAAAAAAAAAAAAUAUGAAUUUAAACCAACGUUCACCUGUUAUGAAGACGAUGUGGAAAACCGCCUCGUCCUGUUUCGUCCCCCCCCCCCCUCUUUGGACUUGUGGAAUAGAACCCUAAUUGAAC